AUGGUAUCCACCAAUCAUAUUUUCUCUGUAUUUGCAUUCACCGGGUUUAUCUUGAUGGACAUACUCCUACCACUUCAUAUAAAAGCAAGGAAUAUUGGCACAUCCGCUUUUAUCAUAUGGGCAAGCCUACUUUGCUUUAAUGGAUUCGUAAACUCAAUCGUAUGGAAUGAUAACGUCACGAAUUGGGCACCUGUGUGGUGUGAUAUAUCCUCGCGGCUGAUGAUAGGUGGAGGCAUUGGCAUACAGUCAGCGUGCUUAUGCAUAGCUCGCGAUCUUUAUCAUGUCACCAGUAAUGUAAUCUCACAUCGGAGAGCACAGGGUGAACACAAGCGGCUUUGGCGAGCCAUUCUGCGCGAUUAUUUUUUCGUACUAGGAAUCCCAGUCUUGCGCAUCGUCCUUUCCUAUACAAUUCAAUUUAAUCGCUUUUACAUCAUGGAGGAUGCAGGGUGCUUCUAUGCUUUAGAAAACACUCCGCUCACUUAUCCGCUGUUUACGGUAUGGCCAGGAGUCAUUGGCAUUAUUGUUGCCCUCUACGUAUGUGCCACUGUUCGGAAACUAAUUCAACGAAGAGCACGAUUCAAGGCCUUCAUGCAACAUGAUGAUCAGUUUCUGCGUCUAUUAGCAGUGGUCAUCGUAAUACCUGUAUGCUCGUUCACGCCAAGUAUAUGGAAUAUCGUGAAUGAUGUUACCCAAAAUCCAGCAUUGCCAUGGCCUGGCUGGGGCUCAAUGCAUGCUAAUAUUUCUCACGUUGAACAAUUCACCAUUCUUGAUUUAGGAGCUCAGAAUGCUACCUUACAGGUCUUUAGAUGGGCUUUUGUGAUAUACGCCGUCAUUUUCUUUGCAUUUUUUGGGUUCACUACAGGUGCGAAGAGGCAUUAUCGUCUUGUUUUCGCCUUCUUCCGCCAUCGUAGUGACUCGGGAGCUUCGUGCGUGGAGGAUAUGAGGAUGGAGCGCGCUGCUAGCUGCCGCAUACCCGCACUUUCAGCAUCUGCUAGACGGACGUCGGGUCGUCUCUACUUGCCACCGUACCUAUCAGCCAUAUCUCUUGAUGAUCUGCAACGCAUCUCUAGAUCUCGUGAUUCGUGCAUUCAUGAACUCUCUGAGCAGGAAUUCAAGUCUAAUCUGGAAUUGAGGCCAGAUCAUGUCACCUGCAGAAGUAGUGAAGACAGGGGAGAAGAGCAUAUGCCGACUUUACCAUCGAUACCUGUCCAACCCUCACCCGUCCUGGAUAUCAUGUCGAUUCUGCACCGCCACUCAGCAGAUGUUUAG